ACAUAAAGUACAAGAAAACUGAAAGCCAAUCAGUAACUCAAACAGUGAAAUGCAAUUCAUGUAUAUAAGUUUUAGAAGCUUAACUUCGAAACUUCGAACUUACCCUACAACGUUUCAUAUUCAGCAUAUAAUUCGUAUCGCAAUUUCACAAAGGACAAUGUCAUUAUUUAAUAAACCGAAGAGAAACAUCCGCCGUCGACCUUUCAACGACGACGAUGAGGAUAAUGAAAAUAGGAUGGAAGUGGAGGAUACCCAGCCUAUAAAGUCAAAAACAAAGAAGAAGGAUAAGCCAAAGCAGACGCUCCUCAGUUUUGGAGAGGAGCUAGAAGAAGCGGAUGAUGGAGAAGUUUUUAAAGUGAAGAAAUCAUCCAGGAGCAAAAAAUUGAUGAAACAGCUAGAUCACGAAAGGAGAAAAAAGAAAGGUGAAGAGAAAAUGCAAGUGGACUCUGAGCAAGCGAACAUGUCCAUUAAACAGGAAAAAGAUUUAGAAAUAAAGACAGAUGAUCUAGUAGUUAAAAUAAAAAAUACAGGACCUUUAAUUCUAAAUGGGCGAGCUGCACUUGCAGCUGGAAAGGAUGAUUACACAUCUGAUGAAGAAGAAGAUGAACCACGCAGUCAUAAAUUUAGAAGAAAUACAGAUAAAGCUGAUACAAUGAAAAUUCUUCUUGAAAGUGGUUGUAUACCUGAUGCUGCAAUGAUCCAUGCAGCUAGAAAAUGCAGACAAAAAGCAAGAGAAUUAGGAACUGAUUAUAUUCCUAUAGAAGAACAAAGUGAUGAUAAAGGCAAAUCAAGACUUAUUAGGGAAGAAGAUCAUGAUAGAAGUGAUGAUGAUGAUUCGCAAGAUCGAAUUGAUAUGACUGUUAAUACUGAAGCACGUGAUAAAGAAAAAAGGCGAGAAGCAUUUCUUGCAUCACAAGUUCCUUUAAAACUUUCUGAUGAUGAAAGUGAACAUGAAAACGAGGAAGAAGAAUGGGAAGCUCAACAAAUUAGAAAAGGUGUAACUGGUGCACAGAUUGCAGCAGCACAACAAGAUUCCAUGAUGCAACAACAAUAUUCAAUGGGUAUGAAUGUAAAUACAAUGAUGGGGAGUGGAAUAUCUUUGGAAAUGGUAAUGAUGCCAGCUCCACCACCUCCUCCAGCAAUUCAACCACCAGACCCUACAAAAAUAAUACCUAUUACUCCUCAAGAAGUUGUGACUAAAAUGCGUGUGAGAUUGGACAGUUUAAAAGAAGUACACCGACGUCAUCAAUUAGAUCAGGACCGUUUAGAGCAAGAGUUAGGACAAACUGUGAAAGAACUGGAUGAUGGUGAAAUUCGUGCACCGCAGCUUGCGCAGCGCUUCAGAUAUUACCAAGAGUUGCGUGGGUAUGUCACUGACUUGGUAGAGUGUCUUGAUGAGAAGCUGCCAUUGGUUGUUGGAUUGGAGCAACGCUGGUUAGAGCUUUAUAGUGAACGUGCGAUUGAACUGAUGGAAAGAAGACGUCAAGAUACAAGGGAUCAAGCAGAGGAAAUUACAACAGCUGCAAGAGGACAGCCUAUACGAAGAGGACCAGAAGUUGAAGCUCGUAUUCGUCGAGCUACAGAAAGAGAAGGAAGAAGAGCUCGUCGGAGAAGAGCUAGAGAAUUAGCUCCUACAUUACCAAAACAUAUUGAUGGAAUGUCUAGUGAUGAUGAAGUUACUGAGCAACAAAAUCUUGCGUUUAAGCAAACAAAAGACGAAAUUGAUAAUGAAAGUAAAGAAAUAUUUGCUGAUGUAAUGGAUGAAUAUUGCACAAUAAGAGGAAUACUUUCAAAAUUGGAAUCUUGGAGAGAAACUGAUAGAGAUGCUUACAUGGAAGCUUAUGUAUCUUUAUGUAUACCUAAAAUCAUUUCCCCAAUUAUUAGAUUGCAAUUGUUAACAUGGAAUCCUAUUAUGGAAAGUGCAGAUAUAGAAAGAACAAAGUGGUAUAAUACAUUACUCUUGUAUGCAUUAGAUAAUAAGGAAACAGAAGAAUCACUUAAAAGAGAUCCAGAUGUCAGAUUAGUACCAUUUACAGUAGAAAAAAUUGUUAUACCUAAAUUAACAUCUAUAGUUGAAAGAAUAUGGGAUCCAAUGUCUACAUCACAAACAUUACGACUUGUAGGCACAGUAAAUCGUCUUAUUAGAGAAUAUCCAAAUUUAAAUGAUACAAGCAAACCAUUAGAAACAUUAUUUAAUGCUAUAUUAGAAAAAAUUAAAUCAGCAGUUGAAAAUGAUGUUUUUAUACCAAUUUUUCCUAAACAAGUUUUGGAUACCAAACAUCAAUUUUUUCAAAGACAGUUUGCAAUGGCUGUAAAACUUUUACGAAAUUUAUUAAGUUGGCAAGGUCUUCUCGGAGACACACAAUUAAAAAAUUUGGCACUUGGUUCAUUAUUAAAUCGAUAUCUUUUAGCAGGUUUAAGAGUGUCUGUACCAAAUGAUGCUUUAUUUAAAGCAAACAUGGUAAUGAGUACACUUCCUCGCGCGUGGUUGCAAGGUGAAACAAUAGAACAUUUGAGAAUGUUUGCUACACUCAUUCAACAACUUAGUGAACAAUUAGAUCAAGCAAAUCCAGCGCAUAAUGAAGCUUGGGAAUAUUCGAAGUCCAUUUUGAAAAUAAUCAAACCUUUGUAAUGUAUUAAUUAUAUGUGCAUUUCUUAAUAAUAUUUUAUGGUAUUUUUAUUUUAUGGUAUUCGUUAAUAAUGCCUAUCUAUAAUUUUAUACACAUACUGAAAAGAUCUUGUAUAUGAGAAAAGAAUUGCAGUACAAUUAGAUGUAUAAUAUAUAAAAAUGUAAUUUUGUAUAGAAAUAAAUUAAAUAAGAUUCUGAUAUCAUAUGAUACAAUUUCCAAUAGUAAUUGUAAAUAAUAAAAAUAGAAGUAUGGCGAAAUAAAUAUGUAAAUAUAAAA